AUGGUAUGGCAAGGAACGAUCGACGGAACUCCUCCUGGUUAGAUGCUGUCAAAAAGGCUUUUACCAAACACACACCCAAGAAUGAGAUGAUCAAACCAAAUCAUCAGAAGAGAAGCAAGCGAAGAUGGAUUUUCAAGAAAAGUGGCCUUGAUGAAACCACCACCAUAAUACUUCACCAUGAAUCCAUCAUUAACCCCAUUCCUCAAACAGAUCCCAUCUCCCACUCCCACUAUUCUACAUCUGAAGAUCAAAAACACAAUGCUGCUGCUCUUGUUAUUCAGACGCUCUUCAGAGGAUACCUGGCAAGGAGAGCUCUUGAGGCACUUAAGGGGGUGGUGAAGCUACAAGCGUUGGUAAGAGGUCAUAACGUAAGGAAGAGGGUAAACAUCCGUGUCCAAGCUCGACUCUCUCACCACCGUAGAAACCAGAUCUCAGAUCACAACUCCAUCCAUACCAGGAAAAGGAGCGCCGAGCGGUGGAUGGAGGAGAUCCAAGCGAUGUUACAGAAAACUCAACUAGCUGCUCAUCAUCAUCAGGAGUUUGACCAAGACUGGGAAUGGGACAUGAGUAGAAGAUGUCAACGUCGUUCCUUAUCUCCAAGCUGCAAAACAUCACAAAAUCAACCACAUGCCUCUUCUUCAUCUCCAUCUCCAUCAUCACGAAUAUCAGGGAAAAGACAUAGCUUGCCAAGUUACAUGUCUGCCACAGAAUCAGCCAUGGCAAGAAUUACUUCACCAAGGCAGAGCAAGUGGAGCACAGAUGUGAAGAAAAGCACGUCAUGUGCAAGGAAACGACUGUGUUUCAAUAAUGUAUCUCAUAAAAAAUACAUGAAUUCGGAUGGAAGCGAAGUGGAGGAGAAGUUGAUGAGUGAGAGAAGGUUAAGUAUAUGUAGUUGCAAAGAGAGAAACGAAUCCGAAUCCGAAUCCGGGAGGCCUUCAAUGAGUGAAGAGAGCAGGUGGUUUAGAUGAAUUGUUUGUAUUUAGGUUCAAGAACCCACUUACUUGCAACUAUUUUUAUCUUGGUAUAAUUUGUUUGUGUUUAAUUAGCAAUGACUUAUAAUGUCAAAACAGAUUCUACUGAUUCAGUAUCACUUAAUCUAAUUGAAUAAUAUACAUAUAUGUAAAGAAAUAUUAAUGGGAUAACAAGUAUGAGCAAUCUCAAGCGUUGGUGGGCCAUUUAGAAUGACUACAUUGGAUUUAGGCUUGCAACAUAUGAUACGAGAUCACAAAGUCUAAACUAAAAAGAAGGUGGCUCAACCUCAUAUAUCAUGCCAUUAACAAAUGACUGAUUUACUUGUAUAAUAAAUAAUAGAUUGUUGGUUCAGACCUAAUCUUGUCCGUCUCUUUUACUUAACAAAAUGACUUGUUACUUGG